AUGGACGCAUAUCUUGACCGAGAAAUAAUAAAUUCACCUACCGAUACGGUUCAUAAUGGAUCAUCGGGCACAGUUAAUGCGACUCCGAAAUCAAAUUAUAUUGAAAAAAUAGUAGAAAAAGCAGUGUUAGAUGAUUCAAUGAAAUUGUUAGCGCAUAAUGAUAGUGUGCAGUUGAGUAGGAAUGAAUUAAAACAAAGGACAAAUAGAAUACUGCUAGAAGUGUGUCCUUUUUUGUUUUCUAAUAGCAAAGAACAAGUCAAAGAAAGAUCUCUUGAAAAGAAUGCUCUAAAUGUUCAUCCAAAGUUUAAGAACAUGUAUGGAAAAUUGACAAAUUAUAUUCAAAAGAAAAUUUUCCAAAAUUGUAGCGAAGAAGAUAUUGUUCAUUCUAUCAAAUCAAUGAUGGAUAGCUUGAUGUGGCAAAAUGAAGAAGUGGUUGACUUUUUCAACGAUCAGAAUGAAUGGCUUAAAAGAAACACGUUAUACAACCACAAUGAAAGAGUUGAUCAGAGAGAAGACAAUGCCACGCCGCUGUCACACAGAGAUUCCUCAAUUUCAAAUAGAGAGUUAAUUUGGGAGCAGAUAAAGGCCGAGAUUUUCGAAAUACUUCUUGGAAUUUUGGGAGAUGCUAGUAUCACCAUGUAUGAAUUUAGACAUGCUCUUAGAACAGCACUGUACCAACUGCAACUCAAAGAGAGAGAAUAUAGAAGAAUUCCAAAAGAAUUAUUGGAAAUUUUGAUUGAUCAAUUCUUGCCAAAUGCACAGAGUGGCAGAUCUCUAGUACAAUUCAUAAUCUCAGAGCUCAAACGUUUAAAAAGAGAAACAGAAGCUAUUUCUUCAAAAUUCAUUAAUGAAAAUAUUGAUAAGAACGAAAAACUUCCUCAAAAUGCAUCUAAAAGAGCAAUUAGAGUAAUAUCGAUGACUAUCAUGAAACUUCUUGAAAGAAGACUCAUUCCAAUACCAGGGAUUGAAAUGAUUGAUGAUAGAGCCUCUCUUACUUUUACUUCAAAAAAGUAUAGCAAUUACAGAGGGGUUGUCGACUUCUCAAAGAAAGUCUAUAUUAAUUAUCUAAACGACACGUCGAGAAACCAUGAAAGACAAAAGAAGGACAUUUACAUUACUCUGUCACAGGAUCAUACUGAUUUAUCCAAUUCUACAUAUUGGGGUAAUAGUUCGUAUCAAAAUAGAGUCAUUGGUAGUGGAUCACGAAUUGCUUCCUCCUUCUCUCUCUCAAGAGAGCUUGAAAAUUGGAUGAAUCAAUAUCGGGAUAUUAUUGGUCCAUUACGCAUCAAAAUUCCACUCUACAGACAUCCCUCAAACAAGAUCAAGGAAUUGGAGAAAUUUAUUAAGGACAAGGAGAAUGAUCUGAGAAAAAGAUUGCAAUUUAUUGACAAGUUAGAACAUGUGUGGGAUUCUUUAGGCUCAGAAAUGAAAACAGUCAUCAGUCAGCACAUCUCAAAAUCGCUUCUAAAGAAAUUGAGUUAUUACCAAGCCAAGAAAAAGAAAUGCAUUUUGGAAAAUUUGAUUGUAAAACAGUUUGUAGGACCUAAUCAGCAGAAGAAAGCAUAUAUUCUACCUCAAAAUCUCUCAAAAGAGUACAUGAAAUUAUUAGAUGAACGUAUCAAGGUCUACCUAACAAAAAUGGAAGUUGAAAAUAAUGCUUUGAAAAGAGAAGAGUUUGAAGAAAUGCUUGGAGGACAUAAGGUGGUUGCAUAUCCGACAUUUUUACACAGGAUAGGUUCAAUCACGAGUGAUGACAUUGCUCGCUUUUUAUUUGAAAAAUCUCCAGAAUAUCAACAAAUAGAACUGAUUCAAAUUCGGUCCUAUCAAUUCCUUAAAGCUUUUAGAGAAGAAAUUGGGGAAAUGUCAUUGACCGAGUUUCAACAAUUGAUUUCAUCGGAUGGACCUUUACAUAACAUUCCACUUGUUCAAAGUCUUCUCAAAAAAGCAAAUGACUACAUUGACCAGCAUGAGUCAUUCAAACAUAUUUCUCCGUAUCUAAACAAAUAUGACAAGGAUCUGGAAGCAGCUUGUUUACUUUUUGAGUGGGUUUUUCAAGGACAUGACGAAGAAUCUAUUUUAAAGAAACUCAUUUCUUGCAAAAGAGAAAUUACAGAACCAUCCACAAUUUCUGACAUUAUUAAUGACAUCAGUGAUUUUAUAUUACUCUCAAAAAUUCCCAACGAUGCCCAUCAACAGGUUGCUUUGUACAUUCCUUACAAAGUGAAUGAGAGAUUAGAAUUGGUGCGAGAUUAUUGUGUGAAUAAUAUUUUGAAGAAUGAAAGGAAUCAUUCUCCCUAUGAUGGUUACAAAUUUAUCCUAAACUAUCUUCAUUCUCUUGAACAAACUUUAGAAUAUGAAUCUCAUUAUUCUGAUCCUUCUUACGUUAGUACUGAUAACCAUGACAUUGAAAAUCUUGAUGCUUAUUUCGAAAAAUCAAGGCUAGAAGUUGUAAGGAAAGCUGCCCACCAUUAUAUCAAAAAGUUUAUAUGUAAAACAGAUGAAGAAAGAAGUGUGUUUGCUCAAAUGAUCGAGAAAUAUGAUAACAACCGCAUGGUUUCCAACUCCAAUCAAAGAAUUCAUGACACAAAGCGAUUCCUAAGGGAGCAAGGAAUUCUUCAAGAUCAGACAAAACAUGAUGAAGAUGUUGAGUCAGCACUUAAAAAGUAUGAAAAUUAUCAGUACAAAUAUACCCAAGAGGAAGAACAACACAUUCUCAUGAGGGAGCUUGAGCUCGAAACAAGAGGAAAAGCUCUUUCAUCGACCCUCUUGCCCAACUAUGAAUAUCAUAUAACUCAACAAAGAAGGCGAAAAUUGUUUGAAUAA